AUGUACAAGUUAAAUCACUCGCUUUCCAAAAACACUCGCUUCUAAUUCCUCCAAAAACACUCUCAAAUUGUUUAUUAAAAAACCAAGGUAAAUCUGUGACACCCACUGAAUUGAUCUUUCUUUCCUUCCUCAUUUGUAAGAAAGGCAUCGUCCAUAUCUUCUUCAAGGGUACAGGGCUUUCGGGUUCAGGUUUCUUUGAUGCAUUGAUGCUUUGACCCCAUUAAACGAACGGUCUUUAAGAACUUUUAGUGUCACACUUCCCCUGCAAUUUAGAUUCAAUAGAGAAGGGGAGGAAGUAAAAGGAAUAGAGGAUGUUGGCUGCUAAAACCCUCCCACUCUCUUCCCCAAUCACCAAAGUCUCCAACUUUCCAGAUUCCGGUCUCAUCUUUCCAAAAUCUAUUCCAGCUAUCAAAGCCAGUCGAAACAUUCUUAGCAACCCUUUUCAGGCCUCAUGCCUCAACACUUCCUUGGAAUCCGUCAUUGCACCUGAUAUUCAAUCUUUCCCUGCAGCAACCCGAGUGAAAAUCCUUUCUGAGGCACUACCAUUCAUUCAAAAAUUUCGAGGCAAGACCAUUGUAGUGAAAUAUGGAGGAGCUGCCAUGAAAUCUGAGGCACUUCAGGCCUCUGUUAUUGCUGAUCUUGUCCUUCUUUCUUGUGUUGGUAUGCGCAUUGUCUUUGUCCAUGGGGGUGGUCCUGAAAUUAACCAAUGGCUUGGUAAAUUGGGAAUCAAACCCAACUUUUUGAAUGGCCUUCGUGUUACUGAUGCCUCAACCAUGGAGAUUGUAUCAAUGGUCUUGGUGGGUAAAGUCAACAAACAUUUGGUUUCCUUGAUUAACAAGGCUGGGGCAACUGCAGUGGGGUUAUCAGGAAUUGACGGCCACCUUUUAACUGCACGUCCUUCCCCCAACUCUGAGCAACUUGGUUUUGUUGGGGACAUUGCUAGUGUAGAUCCUAGUGUACUGCGGCCGCUCAUUGACAAUUGCCAUAUCCCAGUGAUCGCCUCUGUUGCAGCUGAUAAGAGGGGUCAAUCCUACAAUAUUAAUGCAGACACGGCAGCAGGUGAGUUGGCAGCUGCUCUUGGAGCUGAAAAGCUAAUCUUGUUGACAGAUGUGGCUGGAAUUCUGGAAGACCGUGAUGAUCCAGGGAGUUUGGUGAAGCAGAUUGACAUAAAAGGAGUGAAGAAGAUGACUGAUGAUGGCAAGGUUGCUGGUGGGAUGAUCCCCAAGGUGAAUUGUUGCGUAAGGUCUUUGGCUCAAGGGGUGACGACCGCAAGUAUUAUUGAUGGAAGGCUGCAACAUUCCUUACUUCUUGAGAUUCUCACUGAUGAAGGGGCUGGAACAAUGAUCACUGGCUAGAUACCACUAUUGUGAGUUGAGCAACUAUUUUAUGAAGUUUCAAAGUUUAGUAAGAUACGCUUCUCAAAGCUCUAGACCUUUAUGGUUCUCUCUUAUCAAUAUGUUGUCACUCUGCUACAAAAUUUUGGUAGACAGACUGAUGCUUUGUCUGGCUUUCUGUUGUAUUCUGUUUGGUAAUGGUCCAUGCUAAUGGUUUUUUUUUGUAUGAAUAAAUAUCAAGUGGAUAUUACUAGC